AUGAUUGAUGACUACCAAUCAGCAAAGCACUCAGUGUCUGUAAAUCACCUCAAGAAGCAUGGCUAUGCAUGCAGGCAGCAUGUUGGCAGUAGCGCAGACUACGAGCUACCAAGGAAUAUUGGUGUCGAGGACGAACUUACACUGGAUGAUAGCCCACUCCCUGAUCAUGUCACCAAGCUUGAACAGCUUGACAUUUCUGCUGAUGAUGCACAUUCUGAGUUCCCCCCACUAUAUUUCCCUUCCUCUGAUGACGAUAAUACUGAGUUCAAUCAACGACACACCCCUCUGCUGAGCAGUUCUCCCCCACUAUAUUUCUGCACUUCAGAUUAUGAUAAUGCUGCUCCUAGUGACGAUGACUGUAGUGUCCUAUCACUUACCUUUAACUCGGCUACUCACAAUCACACUGCUGAUGAAGAAUCAUGUAUUAAUGCCUCCGACAAGGAGCUAUCGUACACUGAACAUCUCGACGAUGAAGAUCACUGGGUUCCUGAGAAUGAUCCACAGUUCCUUCCCAAUGAUGCACUAUUUGAGGAAAAUACUCAUGUCGACUCAGAUGAACCUGAUAAUGCAGAAGAGACCCUCAAUUUACUCCAUUUGACGAUCAUAAGCUGCUAUCCUGGCAGAAUUUCCCCUGAGCUUCAGGGUGACUUAGACAGCAUGGCACGAACUCUUCGCACUGUCGAGAAACGUCUCGGUGUUGAUACGGAGAAAAUUGUUACUACAUACAUUCUUUGCCCAUCUUGCUGGCAAAUGUACCAUCCUUCCGAGCUACCAACAAUGCAGUCUCGACUGUGCACGGCACCUGGAUGCUCCGCAGUGCUAUUUCGCCUGAAACGAAUGAGUUCAAAUGUGCAAAAAUGUAUCCCAUACAAAGUGAUGCCUGUGGCAUCCUUUACAGCUGCUCUCGCACGUCUUCUUAUGCGUCCUGGUAAAUGGGAGGAACUUCAACAUUGGCGGAAGGACGGGGACCAUGAACCAGCACCACCUAUCACACGAGAGGAGUGGUACACCGAGAAGGAUGUGAACGAGCCACUCACAGACAUAUAUGACGGGUGGAUGUGGCAUUCACUCCGUACAGGCAUAGUGCGCCAGUGGGACUCGAAGCAUCUCAAAAUUGAGCAGCUUGCACAAGGGGUGCUUUUCAAGGUUUUCGGGCAUGACACAAUGGAAAUGGUGCAUGUCGCACUCCCCUUUGGUCCAAUGGAUACUCCAGCGAGACUCAAGACAGCUGGCUUUGUAUCUCAGAACUCUGAGGACCAUAUGUGCCCAUGCUGCAAUGCUCUGUUUUGCUCGUUGGUUGAUCCUACAUGCUUCGAUCAAUUCCACUAUCGAGACUCUGCAAAGCAACUUAAGUGGAAAUUCAUUCAUGGACACUCCAAUGAUCCUGAAGUUCAAGCAAGCAUUGCAGAAACCAAGGGUGUCCGCAUGUCAAUUCCGGAUCGCCUUCCAACGUGGAACGGGUCAUCAAGCAUUCCGACGGAGAUCAUGCAUUUGUUCUGGGGUCCGGGCACGUCUGGUCAAAUACACCGAGUCAUUUUGAUAGAAGGAUCAAUGUUCACCAGGACAGGGAAACGCUCCGAUGUCACACCAAUGGAUCGACUUACAGAAUUUCUUGAGUCCAUAUGGUGGACGAAUAACUCAGGACAUUUUCAGAUCAAGAUUGCGAGUGGGGGAGAAUGUCCUAAAGCAGACGAGUGGCAAAAUUUCAUGCAAGUAUACCCUGUCACAAUUUCAGUUGCAUGGCAAACGUGGUCUCGCCAUGCUGACGAUGAGGCCCCCCUGCCAAAGAAACGCAGCAAGAUCCAACAGGCCAUCGUGAAAUCAAGGAAGCUCUUACACAAACAUCGAAUCAAGAAUGUGUCUCGCGACGAAGACACUGAGGCAGAAGAUUAUUUGGCGCUUGAAGACAUCGAACCAUCUCGCAACUAUCAUUCUCACUACGAAAACAUCCUGCGAUACUGUGCCACGACCCAAAUCUUUGCCUCGCGAGAGAUCACACCUCAGGAGGCCACUCGAGCUGAAAACUUCAUAUCGGAGGCUUUUCAGUCAUGGGCACAAUUGAAUUGUCAUCUCACACCAAAUUUUCACUUCGCCAGUCAUCUAGUUGAGUACAUUCAUACCUAUGGCCCUGCAUAUGCCUGGUGGGUAUUUCCCUACGAGCGUGCAAUUGGUGUGUUAGGAAAGGCCAACCACAAUGGCCACAGCAGCGGCGAAGUGGAAGGGACCUACAUGCGAGCGUGGUGGAAGACCAUGCUGAUUCAAGAACUCUUGACACAUCUGCAGGAACGAUGUGAUCAAACCGAGCAGGACCAGCUAGCUAUUUGUGCACUACUCAAGGCUGUCAAAGGCGGUGCCAAAGCCGAUUGGCAAAGAGGGACCCUUAUGAAUUAUAUUGCGCUCCUGUCCAACCCACACGAUUCAGUGAGGAUUGUAUUUCCGAAACAAUUCAAGUUAAUCAGCUUGCAGCCACUGGGUGUCUAUGCCAUUGUUUUGCAAUUCCUACGUCUUCAUUUUCCGGAAUUCAACUUAACGUCAGACGCAGAUGAAGCAUCCAAUGGUAUUCCAUUUGACUCACAAGGUGUCCAGUCAUAUGCGAAUGUGACCAUUGGUGCUGCAAAGUAUGGCUCAUUCCAUCAUCAUCGUGGAAAGGGGUUUUGCUAUGGCUAUACAAAGGGACGACACGCUGCACGUAUUGAGUAUAUAUUGUCAGUCAACAUCCCUCGACAAGACCCUCCAAUAUCUGUCAAUGUUGCUCUCAUCCGAUGUUUUGAACAUCACCCACAGGAUGCCAACCACCCGUGGUCUCUAUGGGCAACUGACCUCGGGAUUGCAACCUGGAAGUAUAAUGUCCUUGGGAGCCUCGAGGCAUGUCAUCUUGAUGAUCUUAGUGGUCAAUUUGCAUUCACACCAGUUCACGCACCGAGAAUGGGUCGCUUAUGGGUGACUUUCUCGUUAGACACAACCUCCCAAGAACCAGAUAACAGCAACCCUUAG